AUGCAGUCAACGAAGUUCCAGCGCCAGAGCUCCUUCCGCCGGGGCGGCGUGAUUCCCACUGCGAUCUGCCUGAGCAAAGCCACCAUCAGCGUUGGGGUGCUCUCGAUGUCGGUGCACGCGGCGGAGGUGGGGGCUCUCUACCAGCUGGCGUGCCUCAUGCUGGGUGGCGUGCUGACAGUGCUGAGUAUCCGGAUGAUCUCAGUGGCAUCCAUUGAGACGAAGAAGUGGAGCUUCGAAGACGUUUGUGAAGAGCUCUUCCACCCGGUGAUGGCCAUCGUCACCGGCUUCAUGAAUGCCUGCGUUUGCUUGGGCUCGGCCGCUGGAUACCUCAUCGUUUGCGGACAAGUCUUCGUGGUGGUCUUCCCGACCGACGACGCCACCAGGAAUCUCUUCGUGGUCUCCGUUGGGAUCUUUGUUUGCUGCCCCAUGGCUUUGGCUCGACAUGCAGCUUGGACCCCUGCUGUGACAGUCGGCUUCACACGGCACUUGGCAGCCAUGACUGUUGGUGCCUUGAUCCUCCUGGUGAUUGUGGUGGCAUGGUACAUGGGUGAGCACCGCAUCGACGAGAGUGUCACGACGGAGAGCUUUCUCCUGGGCCCAGGUGAAGCGACGUUUGUCGCCUACAUGAACUCCAUCAACAACAUGAUCUUCGCCUACAACAAUCAGUUCAACGUCCCGCAGCUCACCAGGGAGUUGACCCACGAGCCGAGCCGCGAUGGCAUGACGAAGGUGGCGAUCUUGAGCACCUCCGUCACCUUCCUCCUUUACGCCUUGGUCUUCCUUUUGAGCGUCCUGGCCUUCGGGGUGGCCGAGAACCAGAAGGACUCCUUGAUCUUGGACUUGAUGCCCGUGCGCGAGGAGAUCCACGUCCGGAUCUCGCUGAUGGCAGUGAUGUUCAGCGUCCUCACCUGCUUCCAACUCCACAUCUAUCCUAUCCAGCAGUUCUUGGCAUAUCUGGUGCGCAAGGCGCGCGGUUGCAGCUCCGACGAUGAGAAGGCAGACGUGGUCUACUUCGGACGUAGCUUGACGCGGUGGUACGACAUUUUCUGUGCCUUGGGCUCGGUCUGCCUGGUGGUCCUCAUCGCGGUGGUUAUUACCAGCCUCCGGGCCAUGCUGGACUUCAUCGGGGCCUUUGGUGCUGCCUACAUCAGUUUCAUGGUGCCCCCCAUGUGGAUCAUCGCGCUCCGGCGCAAGGAUGAGCAGAACUUCUCCUGGUUCAACAAAGAGAUCCUCUGGAGUGUUUCCUUCUUGGCUUUGGGCCUCUUCCUCUUUGUCUUUGGCACCUACUCGGCCAUCCUGCCAAUCCUUGGGCUCUGA